CCCCUAUUGUUUCCCGCUGUAAUGCUAGCCACCAGGGGGCGGGCCUGUUACUAAGGACGGAGGAAAAAAGAGCCGGGCGGCACUGGUGUGUGACUACCACAAACAGGCAGAGUAGUGCAGGUGCCGCACUACUAAUAGGUAACGUUCUUUACAACAAGCUUUGGUCAAAGUCCCUGGAUACCGGUGUUGCCGGGCAGAGCACCGUGUGGCACUUGAGUGUAAGCCGUGCUUAUUACAGAACCGGCGAGGCGAGAGGAAGCCAGGAGACGUGGUUACAGGUGCUGACAGGUGUGCUGGUCUGUGAGGUGUCGUCAGGUGGAAAACGCGUUUACCUCACGAACACGGCUGAAGCUAAACGUGGGGCUGAAGCUAAACGACUGACUUCUUUGAUCAGUCGGCUGAAGAAUUUCUUCCGUGUCUCAAGGGUUCCCGAGAAUCAAGAUCGGAGCCACUGUUUGCUAACAUUGACGGCGGACCCUCUGCUGGUAACACAAGACUGCUACUUUCUAUUGUCCAUCACCACACAUUUAUUCGGCAGCAAGAAGUGAUAUCUGCAAGAUCCAGGACAUUUGAUCUUUACUGAAAGAUCUUAGUGACAUUGGAAGAUUUCAUGUUCGCGUGAACUACAGGCAAUGAAGGAAAAAAGGAGGUGCUUUUCUUUUCCUGGCGAUGUGCUGUGUCCAAAGAAACUUUCCUUCUUUUCUUUCUUGUAGAAGUUGAGCAAAAGUGGUGUACUUCAAAGAUCUUCAUAAGUGUCUAACUGUUAGAAAAAGGGUGUUGGUCAGACUUAAGGAAGACGCCAUGCCGCCUCGGCCUCGGACAGCCUCGGCGAACCCUCGGGUUCGGCUGUUCCGUCAGAUCCUGGACCAGAUCGCCGGCAUGACGACUGACACAGACUUCGGGAUCAUGUACCACAUGUGCCGCGGGUACCUGUCCUCGCGCGACCUGCAGUCCGCACAGACACCAGAACUACUCUUCCGGAUCCUCAAGUCUAAAGGCUUGCUGAGCGAGAAGAACAUGAGUCUUCUGGAGGCACUGCUGAAGAAAUGCAAACGGGACGACUUACUGACGAUAUUGUACAAGAAGAAAGAGGAGCUGUCCGAACUGACCAUUCGGUUACCGCCAACCAAACUACCAGGGUUUGACUUCCGGUUCAGGCCUGUCACGGCGCACAGCUACUUGAGCCUUUCCAACCGGAACCGCACGGUGGCGUUUGAAGACGGUGAGGACCACUACAUCAGGAGCCCGAGCGUGUGCGAACGGUUCAACGGUGCCAGUUACUCCGUCCUGGGAGACACCCCCUUCCCUGCAGUUGGGAAGCACUACUUGGAGGUAUCGGUGAGGGAAAGCAUGUCUUACUCGGUGGGCGUGGCUCUCCGGAUGACCCCCCGCGACGAACACCUGGGCUCCAACGAGCUGUCCUGGUGCUUACGUCACACGCACGUGGACGGCUCUUACGUCACACUCCAUCAGGGUCGGGAGCACAAGAGACUGUGGAAAGGCGUGUUCCCUGUUCGCCGUCUCGGCGUGCUGAUGGACUCUGACCGGGGACUCCUCAUCUUCCAGGACGCGGAGCGGAAGGCUCCCCUGGACACGAUGUACGUUCGGUUCGAGCAGGGCUACAUGCAGUACUGGUGCGCCUGCUACCCGGAGAGACUAUACCCGGCCGUGGAGCUGUUCCACGGCAACAUCACCGUGCACACGGGCUACUCCGUACCCAAGCACCUCUGGAACUUUAACGAGGACACGUCGCAGGGCGAGUCGUCCACUUGGUGGCGGUGGUACAGGAACCCGUCUAGUAUGCUGAGCGAACCUCCCUACAGUCCCGCCGAUAUCGGCAUGGUGACGCGGUCGUCUGAGGGAAGCCGCUAGCUCUAGGCAAAACAAUCCUUUAUGGGAGUUUUCGGUAGAAAAUGUGGAAAGAGUGACUAGGAAAAAUAUGACAAACGUACGUUAAUGAUGGAAGCUCUGAGAAAUGUGUAUAUAUUCAUAUACAGUAUGCGUGUACUGAAAUGUACAUUGUACUUAGAAUCAUUGACAGUGUUGUUUCCUCUUUGAAUGUUUCUCCGACGUUUUUUACACUUCAAAAAUGUUUUUCUCCGUGACUUUUGUUGGAUAUCGUCCAAUUAGAUAUCGAUACUUAUGUGUAUCUCAAUGUGUUGCACUGGCUCGGAAAGUGGUAACGGCGCUUAGAUUUUGUAAUAAAUGACGAACAUUUAAACGACGGAUGGUUUUUUACCGUUUUACAACUGACCAGCCAGUAAGUACUGGGGCAUAUCGAGGCAUUAUCAAAUUUUAUGGAAAUGAGGAAAACAAGUGUCGUCUGCCUCUCAGCGCUGCCAACAUCUGUAAAUGCUAGAAUUUCCAAUUUCCGCCAUCAAUGAGCGUUUGUACUUAUCAUAUCGUAGUAGUUGGUAUUUACUACAUUUUGUUGCAUGAAAAAUAAAUAUCCGUGGUAUA